UCACACUCACGCGCACACACUCUCUCUCUGUCUCUCUCCAUUUCCAGUUGCACCAAUUUGGGGUUUCACUCUUGGGCAUUCUAGCUUCCGAAACCCUUUCUUCAAGGGUUAGGGUUUAUCCAUUUUAGCAAAAAUGGCAAGAGUAAGAAGAAAAUCUCUUCAAGAUGAAGAAGAACAAGAGAAAAUUCGAAGGAAAGGGAAAAGGAAGCAAGCUUCUAACGUUGACGAUGAUGAGGAAGACUUGGAUGAGUUUGAGGUUGAUGGGUUUAUAGUUGAUAAUGUUGAUGAUGAAGAAGAUGGCGGUGAAGAAGAAAAUUCAAAACAAACGCAAAACAAGAAGAAAAAGAGAAAGAGAUCGUCUAAAAACGUUCUUGAUGAUGAUGAUCUUGAGUUAAUCCGUGAGAACAAGAGUUUAAAUAAAGAAAAAAUGAGUGAUGGAAAGUUCAAGAGGCUUAAAAAGACUGGCGUUCAUACUGAGCCGAUGGAAGACUCCUCCGAUGAUGAAGGGUCGCUUUUUGACGAUCUUUUUGAAGAUGAGUCUAAUGAUGCUGAAGAUGAUGACAUGUCAGAUUUUAUAGUGGAUGAAGAGGCUGAUGUCCGCGGGAAGGGAGAUUCUCUCAGACAAAAGAAGUCUAAAGACAUGAAACAUUCCUCUUCUCUUUCAAAAGAAGCCAAACGUAGAUCUGGCAAGUCGCAUAUUGUGUCCGAUGAUCCUAAAAAUAUGUACAUAGAUAGAGAGGGUAACUCUGUAGCUCAUACAGACAUACCUGAGAGGAUGCAGAUAAUUGAGGAAGCUGUAGGAUCUAUUCCAGUUGACAGAAUGAGUAUAGAAGAAGAAAGUUCUUGGAUACUACGUCAACUUGCGUCCAACAUAAAUCCAUUGUUCAGCGAGGCCAAAUCCUGUGGACUAGUUGAUACAAUAAAUGGGGAAGAUAUUGUUAGGUUCUUGGAAUUGCAUCAUAUAAAGAAAUACGAUAUUCCAUUUAUUGCAAUGUAUCGUAAGGAACAAUGCCCUAGUCUUCUGGAAGAUGGGAAACAGGGUGACUCAGAAAACACCUUAUCGGAUGACAGUGAGAGUAAACCUAAACUGAACUGGCACAAGAUACUCUGGAUAAUCAAGGAGUUGGAUGUAAAAUGGCUACAUCUUCAGAAGCGGAAAAGCAUGCUCCAAAGAUACUAUAACAAACAUUUUGAGGAAGAAUGCCAAAUGUCUUUCCUUGCUGAGGAAUCCAGUUUCCGUAAGCAGAUAUUCGACUCGAUCACCAAUAUGCUCGAGAAGGCGGAAACAGAGAGAGAGAUUGAUGAUGUUGAUAUGAAGUUUAAUUUGUAUUUUCCACCAGCUGAUGAGUUCUUAAGUAGUGGUUAUAAAAGGCCUCUGAUGAAGACAUACUAUUCUGACUGCAGAAAGGCAGGACUGUCUUCAGUUGCCAGGAAAUUUGGAAAUCCUGAGAAAUUUGGUUCUCUAGUUACUCUUAACAAAGUGGGAAUGGACAGUGAAGAAGAUCCAGAGGAAUCUCCGGAGGAGAUGGCUUCAAUAUAUAAGUGUGAAACUUUUCAAACUUCAGAAGCCGUCCUGAAAGGCGCCAGACACAUGGCUUCCUUGAUGUUAAGCUGUGAGGUACCUUUCAGGAAAUAUGUCCGCAGCAUAUUUAUGGAUAAGGCUUUAGUAUCAACUAACCCUACAAUGAAAGGAAAUAUAGCAAUAGAUUCCUUUCAUGAAUUUGCUGGUUUUAAGUGGCUGAAGGACAAACCUCUCUUGAAGUUUGAGGAUUUUCAGUGGCUUCUUAUUCAGAAGGCUGAAGAAGAGGAACUUCUUAAAGUUGAAAUAAAAUUUCCUGAGGAUGCUAUAAAGGAGUUGAUGACAACCUGCAAUGAUGCUUUUCUCAAAGGCAGUGAAGGAACGUCUACUCAACUAUGGAAUGAGCAGCGUAAAUCAAUCCUGCAGGAUACUAUUUCAAAUUUUCUAUUGCCUUCUAUGGAGAAGGAAGCACGGGCAUUAUUACAUGCUAAGGCUAAAAACUGGUUAUUAAUGAAAUAUGGGAUGCAGUUUUGGAACAGGGUCUCUGUGGCACCAUAUCAAAAUAACGACAAUGCUACUGCGCAAGAGAGGGGGGUAGUGGCUUGUUGUUGGGGAAAUGGUAAGCCAGGUACCACAUUUGUCAUGUUGGAUUCAAAAGGAGAGUUGGUUGAUGUGAUGCAUGCUGGGUCACUGACACUGCGAUCUCAGAAUAUCAAUGACCAGCAGCGCAGGAAAAGUGAUCAAAUGUUGGUCCACAAGUUCCUGACAGUUCAUCGACCAAAGGUUAUUGUACUAGGAGCUGCUAAUGCAUCCUGUAUAAGGUUGAAGGAGGACAUCAACGAGAUUAUUUCCAUGAUGUCCGAGGACAAUUUUCAAGAUGUCAGUCAAGAGAUGAAUGGACUACCAGCAGUUGUAUUAGGGGACGAAGGCUUGCCUCAUCUUUAUGAAGAUUCAGAGAUUUCAACUAGCCAGCUUCCCAGACAAUAUGGCAUCGUCAAGAGAGCUGUGGCUCUUGGACGUUACCUUCUAAAUCCGCUGGCAAUGGUUGCAACACUCUGUGGAGUCAAUAAAGAGGUCUUGUCUUGGAAAUUGAACACUCUGGAGAGAUUCCUAUCCAGUGAUGAGAAGAUGGAGAUGAUUGAAUGGAUCAUGAUAGAUAUUACAAACCAAGUUGGUAUAGACAUAAAUUUGGCAAUAAGACAUGACUGGCUUUUGGCACCUUUGCUCUUCAUUUCUGGUCUUGGACCCAAGAAAGCUGGUAUUUUGCACAGAGAACUUCUUGGAGGUACAGAUGUUAGAAAUCGAAAGGACUUGGCUAAAUUUGGACUGAACACAAAAAGGGUUUUCUGCAAUGCUGUUGGUUUUUUACAGGUUUCUUGUGAUGACCCAAAUUUUGUUGAUACUGCUGGCGAUAUCCUUGACCGUACAAGAAUUCAUCCAGAGUCAUACAGUCUUGCUGAGGAAUUAGCUAGAGCUGUUGUUACCAAACAUUAUGCUGAUGCUAACGAUACCGAAGUGAAUCCAAUUGAAUGUAUUCAAAAUGAUCCAAAGCUGCUAGAGAGUUUUGAUAUGAAUGAAUAUGUAGAUAGUCUGGAAACAACAAAAGGUGAAUACAAAAGGUUUACUCUGUUGGACAUAAAGAUGGAACUACUCCAUGGAUUUAAAGAUCCCAGGACCCCUUACCAGGAACCGACACAAGACGACGAGUUCUAUAUGGUCACCGGAGAAACUGGGGUUGCACUAAUUGAAGGAGAAAGAGUUCAGGCAACAGUUCGCCGUGUACUAUCUCGUCAGGCAUUCUGUGUGCUUGAAUCUGGAAUAUCUGGAAUACUUUUUAGGGAGGACUUUUCAGAUGAUAUUGGGGAUAUACCGUUAACGGAAAAAUUGCGUGAAGGUGUCGUGCUUACAUGCAAGAUCAAACUAAUUGAUAAGAAUAGAUGCCAGGUCAAUUUGACAUGUAAAGUGAGUGAGUUGAAGAAUGUUGGCGAGCAAAGUUUCUGUGACACGGAUCCCUAUUAUUGUCAAGGAAACAUCAUCUUGCCAAGUCAACAAGAGACAACAGACAAAAAGGAGUUUGUUAAUAAAAAUUUCAUGUCCAGAAAAAUUUCUCACCCCCAUUUUCAGAAUAUAACUGCAGAUCAAGCAGAAGAGUUCCUUGAAGAUAAGGCUGUUGGGGAAUAUAUUUUCCACCCAAGUUCAAAGGGUCUAUGUUAUUUGACCUUAUCUCUUAAAUUUUUUGAUGCACUUUAUGUGCACAAAGACAUUUUGGAAGGUGGGAAGAGUCAUGAGAUGAAAAGCUUGGUUGAACUUGGAAAGACAUUAAAAGUAGGAGAUGAAAUAUUUGAGAACAUAGAUGAGGUUAUUGGAAACUAUGUCAACCCAUUGGUAGCUCAUCUGAAAGAUUUAAUUAAUUUCCGAAAAUUUAAGAAGGGCACAAAAGCUGAAGUUGACGAACUACUUAAACAUGAGAAGGAGGAAUAUCCAAACAGGAUACCAUAUGGUUUAGGCAUUUCAUAUGAGCAUCCUGGAGUUUUCAUAUUGUCAUACAUUAGAAGUACAAAUCCACAUCAUGAGUAUAUUGCUAUCCAUCCAAAAGGAUUCAAGUUCAGGAAGCAAAUAUUCAACAAUGUUGAGCAACUGAUGGCAUAUUUUCAAACUCAUAUUAAUGAUAAUGUUACAAAGGACCAAUCAAAAGAUUACAAUGACUCUGGAUCUGGUCGUGGUCGUGGUCGCGGUCGUGGGCGUGGGCGUGGCAGUGGGGCGUGCCACAAAUGUGGUGAAUCAGGUCACAUGUCUAGGGAGUGCACUCAAGAGGGUGGUGGAGGUGGAGGAAGGGGUGGUGGUGGGUCAUGCUACAAAUGUGGUGAAUCGGGUCACAUGGCUAGGGAGUGCACCCAAGAGGGUGGUGGAGGUGGAGGAAGGGGAGGUGGGACAUGCUACAAAUGUGGUGAAUCUGGUCACAUGGCUAGGGAGUGUACCCAGGAGGGUGGUGGAGGUGGAGGAUGGGGCGGUGGUGGCAGCGGUACGUGCUACAAAUGUGGUGAGUCGGGUCACAUGGCUAGGGACUGCACCCAAGAGAGUGGUGGAGGUGGAGGGAGGGGUGGUGGCACAUGCUACAAAUGUGGUGAGUCGGGUCACAUGGCUAGGGAUUGCACCCAGGAGGGUGGUGGAGGUGGAGGGUGGAGAGGCAGUAGUGGACGAGGAGGCGGAAGAGGUCGUGGCCGUGGACGUGGAUCUGAGCGUAGUUCUUUCUCUCAUGAUGAUAGUAUUGAUGCCAAUGAUAGUGGUGGGUUUGCUUCUUCAAAGUGGGGCGUUGAUUCCAACAAUGCCACCAAUAAAUCUUUUGCUGCUGGUAAGAGUUGGGGGCGUGAAGGUGGGCAAAAUAUCAAUGAAGGAUCUGGAAAUGAGAAUUCUGGAUGGAGUGCUGGGAAGAAUGCAACUCCCUCUAGUGGGGGUAGUGGAUGGGGAGGGACUGGUGGUAAAAGUUGGGGUGGAAAUAAUACAAAUGAACAAAGCAAUAUAGAAAAAGGUGGUUGGGGACUCGCAGCUGCCAGUAAUAGUGAAUCUGGAAAUGAGAAUUCUGGAUGGAGUAGUGCUCCUGUGAAGAAUGAAACUCCUUCUGGUGGUGAGAAUGGAUGGGGAGCAACUGGAGGUAAAGUUUGGGGUGGAGAUAGUACAAACAAAGAGAGCAAUACAACAAAAGGUGGUUGGGGAGUCACAGCUGCCAGCAGUGGUGCAUCUGGAAAUGAAAAUUCUGGAUGGAGUGCUCCUGAUGGGAAGAAUGCAACUCCCUCUGGUGGUGAGAGUGGAUGGGGAGGGACUGGUGGUAAAAGUUGGGGUGGAAAUAGUACAAAUGAAGAAAGCAAUACAACAAAAGGUGGUUGGGGAGUCACAGCUGCCAGCAAUGGUGCAUCUGGAAAUGAAAAUUCUGGAUGGAGUGCUUCUCAUGGAAAGAAUGCAACUCCCUCUGAUGGUGAGAGUGGAUGGGGAGGGACUGGUGGUAAAAGUUGGGGUGGAAACAGUACCAAUGAAGAAAGCAAUACAUCAAAAGGUGGUUGGGGAGUCACAGCUGGCAGCAAUGGUGGAUCUGGAAAUGAAAAUUCUGGUUGGGGUGCUGCUCAUGGGAAGAAUGCAACUCCUUCUGGCGGUGAGAGUAAAUGGGGAGGGACUAGUAGUGGAAGUGGAUGGGGAGGGUCUGGCGGUAAAAGUUGGGGUGGAAGUAGUACAAAUGAAGAAAGCAAUAUAGCAGAAAGUGGAGGAAGUGGCUACGGAGGCGGUGGUGGACGAGGUGGCGGUGGGGCUUGCUAUAAGUGUGGUGAGUCGGGUCACAUGGCUAGAGAAUGCACCCAGGAGGGUGGUGGAGGCGGAGGGAGGGGCGGUGGUGGGCGCGGUGGUAGAGGUGGUGGUGGGGCUUGCUACAAGUGUGGUGAGUCAGGUCACAUGGCCAGGGACUGCAGCCAGGGCAGUAGUGAAGGCGGAGGGUGGGGAGGCGGUGGACGGGGUGGCGGAAGAGGUGGUGGGGCAUGCUACAAGUGUGGUGAGUCGGGUCACAUGGCUAGAGAGUGCACCCAGGAGGGUGGUGGAGGUGGAGGAAGGGGCGGCGGUGGGGCAUGCUAUAAAUGCGGUGAGUCGGGUCAUAUGGCUAGGGAGUGCACCCAGGAGAGCGGUGGAGGUGGACGGUGGGGUGGUGGAGGUGGAGGUAGGGGCGGUGGAGGUGGAAGAGGCGGUGGUGCAUGCUACAAGUGUGGUGAGUCGGGUCACAUGGCUAGGGACUGCAACCAGGAAGGUGGUGGAGGUGCAGGGAGGUAUGGCAGCGGCGGCAGUGGUGGAAACUGUUACAAAUGUGGGGAGUCUGGACAUUUUGCGAGAGAAUGCCCAGCGAGCACUGGUUGAAGUUCACUGCCUACUUCUUAUGAGUAAAGUGUGGGGCUGGUAGUGCUGAGGAUGGUUUAUCUUUUGCAGGUUGCUUGCUCUUUUGUUUUUAUGCUUCCUGAUAUGGUGGGAUUUCAUUUCUCUUGUAAUAAGAAGCAGAUGGAAGUUUGGGACUCAGUUGCCAGUAAAUGCUGGCUGGACCUGGAAAUGCAAAUUCUGGAUGAAGUGGUUCUCAUGGUAAGAUUGCAACUACCCCUUAGAGGUGGGAGUGAAUGUGGAGAGACUAUUGGUAAAAGUUAGUAACGAUUUCUUGAUGCUAAUGACUCCUAGUGGUUGAUAUUGAACUCUCUAGAAACUAAAUUCUCUCUUGUUAGUUUGCUGUUACUUUUAUUUUUGUAGUUACACAAACAUGGUUAAUAUUUGCAGUCUAGUUAGUCUCCGUUAUCAACAUCUAGAGGGAACUUUUUUUCUCUUUUUCUGUUGCUGUUUUACAUAAAUCGAUCUCCCUCCCUUACCUACCCAAUUGAAUUGAUUGUCACUGUUUUUCUUUGUCUUUGAUUGGAAUCAUUUUUCACUUGAA